UUUGCAGUAUAACUUACGUAAGAAAUUACGUCACUCUCUGAACAUGUCGAUGACGUCAUAAAGGAUUCUUUUUCAGAAAAAAAUGAAGGAACAUAUUUUUGCGCUUUGUAUGAUCUAUUCGGCUUUAAUCACAUUGGCUGAUUUUAGGAAGAGUGAAAAUCAUGGAACAUUUAGCUGGCUUCAUUCUAUUCCACGAGAUGACCCACGAGUUCAAGACGUCAUCAUGAAUCCAAUGAGGGAGAAACUGAGAAUUGUAGGACCGUUCCUAGCCGCUCAUAAGUAUUUCGCAGUAGAUCCACGAUCCAUAAACGGACGUGUCGAAAGAAAAGGCGGAUUACAUAGAAGUUUUCCUAACCCAAGAAUAGUACAGUGGGACCCUAGUAUUACCAAGGCUUGCGAGGAUGGUGAAGUGUCUUGUAUAAACGAAAUCUACAGGAAAGCCAUCAUGGCGAAUUCUGUAUGGAAACUUCACGAUUCCGAUAAAUACUCUAAACAUUCAAUAUUCUCGCCAUUCAAAACCGAAUUGGAGAUGUUUCGAUAUCGGGCCACAGCAGUUUAUUACAUGUGUUGGUAUACAGAACUGAAAUGUGCAUUGUUAGCGUAUGUUGAAAACCACGAAAAGGGGUGUCUGGAUUCUUUGUCAAACACUGUUGAAGCAAAUGGUAGACACAUUGUUGAUUUUAGAUCCGACUAUGGCGGAAAUCAGUCAGAUCCUAUUUCCCUGUGGACCUGUGCCUAUUUAUGGUUUUGUCCAGACCCCUGUUACGGAAGAAGUUCAAAUGGAAAUGUGAAAGACGAAACAUCGGCCAAAGCUGACCCACAAAACCCUUGCACCAAACUAAAGGACAAAACCUGUACGUGGAUUACUGGGAAAAACAUUGACUUCCAAGAUCUGACCAAAAACAGGUUUAAUUAUUCCUGUGUCUGUGAUAAGCAGGGCUAUAUAUGGAGCCCUAGGUACCGACUUUGCUUUGACCAGGACGAGUGCUUUGACCAAGUGGCACAAUGUCCCGACGAUAAAAUCUGCAGGAAUACCAUUGGUUCCUAUGAUUGUAGUUGCAGGCGGGGAUUCUUUCAACACGAGAUGACUGGGAAUUGUGUUCGUAGUCCUAUUUUUAAGGGAUCACUUGACAGAAUUCGCCAAAGAGCAAAGAAGAAGGAUAAAAAUGUACCAUUUUGGAUCAAAAUAAUGGAAAAAAUACUUGGGAAAUAACAUUGUAUUUACCUUAAAUAGAACAUGUUGAAGCAAAAAGUUAUUUUUAUAAUUCAUAAUACCGAAUGUAUGCAACUUUAGUUUAUAUUUUUAUAAAACAAUCAUGAAUCAUUUUCCAAAGGCUCACAGAUUAUACAAUGUAAAUUUAUUUUGUGCUUAUCUGUUAUUUUCCUAUACAUUGCAUAACGACCACUAAACUUUCUAAAAGGUAACGUUACCUUGACUGGUGUGCAAUUGUGUAUUCAGCAGCUGUAAACAUUUUUAAUUACAUUUUGCCUGAAAAAAUAUAUAUUCUAUGCCUUACAGCCAGGAACAAUGGUCAUUAAUUAAAUUGAAAAUAAUGAAAGAAUUGUUGAAAAAAGGUUAGAUUUGUAAACCUAUCAGUUUAUUUACAAUUGCGAAAUGUAACCACUAUAUACAAUGUAUGGUAUUUUAUAAAGUGACAACUCCAACCUGUCACUCAGUUGAUGUUUUAUGCACGGACCAUAUAUAGUUCUGCUUUAGUCCUAGGAAUUAAUUAUCAUAUUUUGCAAUUCAUAAAGUGCAUAAUGUUCAAAAUUAAGAAAACUUUUGCAUUUGAACAAAAAUGUGAUGUGAAAAA